AACACAGAUCCUUAAUAAAGGCAAAGUAAAUGUUUGAAUGACUAGAAUUAACUAUAAAAAGGCUUUAUGAAGAGUCGUAGCAGUACAAGACAAAUUGGAAAAGAGAAUGAUGGUCCAGCCUAUUUCUCUCACUGUAAACACAAUUGUUGUUGAUCUGAAUAUUUACAAGUUUGAGUUAUAUAAUAAAUGAUCGGCAAAUUAUUUAGACUUGUUUUUUCCUCAAAUAGUUCUGUCAUCCACUGUUGCUGGGAUGGCACUAUUUUUGCCAGCUGGAUAAAUGGGCGGAGUCAUCACAAUAGACCCUCCUUGUCUUUCGCAUAUCCGUUGUUGACAUUUUUCAUUUUAAUGUAUUCAUUGAUAUUUUAUAAAUAUUUUGCCAUUGUUUGUGAAAUUUCAGUUUGUAAUUAGGCAUUACUAGGAAAAAUACUUUUGGUCAAGCAUAAACAAACUAAAUGUGAAAAUUCAUAUUUGAAUGUGAUCAUACACAGAACAAUAAAAAGGAAUGUUUCUGAGAUAAGAUAGUGAUCUUUAAUUUUUAGUUUCUGUUUACACAAACAUGUCUUUCUGUUCUCACAGGUGGCCAUGUUAAGUCAGUAGGGCUCUACCUUUACGGUCAGGUGUUGCGUGUGACUCCCUUCCCGAGGACGCACUUCCGAUCACUCAGCCUGCUGUAGCUGAUCAGUAGGAAAACAAUGGGGGGAACGAUGGAAAAAGACCGUGAAACAGUUUCCUUUGUCAUUACUUAAUACAUUGUAAUCCGCUUUAUAUUCGAGAGCCUGUAGGUCUGCUGACGGUUCCCGCACGGCGUUCCCUUUUUUUGGGUGGCAGACGGACAGACGAAGGGAAGUGCUUCCUGAUAAUGAGGAGGUGCGUCUUAUUUCCAUUCCAGUGAUUGACUGCGCACGGCUUCAACCACCAAGAGCUGCGGGCAUUGACGCAUUGUGGAGUCGACAACAGGGAGGGGGGCGAGCACUGCAAACCCCCGGCUUCGCCACACAGCGGAGGAGUCUAUCGGUAUAACCACCACGAUGGCCGUGGUGCAGCUCGAAACCGGGGACCGCCAGCCGGAGAACGGCUUCGUGACCCCCGAAACCGCCUCUCCGGAGCUGCUGACUCGCGUCGACGCGUCUGUCCUGCCGUUUCUCGGGGGAUUUGGGAAAUACCAGAAGCAUCUGAUCAUACUGACGUGGAUCCCGGCGUUAUUUAUUGGAUUCAGCCACUUCUCUGACAAUUUCCUUCUCGCGCAGCCAAACAGCACAUGCAUCCAGCCCCUGGCGAACGCAACUCGGGACACUGCGGAUCAUCCAUCCCUGCUGAACAGUCCGAUAAACAUAGGAGAUCGACCAGCUUCUUAUGCCGACCACAAUGACAGCAUGCAUUGUAGGUGUGAAGAGUGGACAUUCGAGCUGCACACAGGACUUGUCCACAACGUGGUUACUAAGUGGAGUCUGGUGUGUAAGUCAGUGUGGAAAGUCCAUAUCGCAAAGUUCUCUUUGUUAGUGGGAUCAAUCUUUGGAUAUCUUGUUUUUGGGAUAGUGGCUGACUGGUUUGGCCGACACACAGUGCUGAUCACAUCGGUACUGUUUAUGCUGGUGUUUGGGCUGACGGUGGCUUUCUCUGUCAAUGUCCCCAUGUUCAGCACCUUGCGUUUCUUUGAGGGCUUCUGCCUUGCAGGGAUUACUCUUUCUCUCUUUGUCCUGAGGAUUGAACUGUGCCUGCCAGAAUGGCGGUUUUCCAUGACCAUGGUGGCCAGCUUUAUGGCUUUGGGUGGUCAGCUCCUCAUGCCUGGAGUGGCGUACCUCUGUCGCGAUUGGCAAGUACUACAAGCUGUCAUCAUCUGUCCCCUGCUGCUUAUGCUGUCCUACACAUGGAUUUUCCCUGAGUCACUGCGUUGGCUGCUGGCAACGCAGCAGUACUGCAAGUCCAAAUGGAUCAUGGGACACAUAGCAAAGAAGAAUAAAGUGAACAUGGAACUUGAUGUAGAUAACAUCCUCACAGAACUACAAAAUGCUCUUCAAAAGAAACCCAAAAAGACGUGCAUUGUAAAAAUGGCCGGUACAAGAAACCUGUGGAAGAACAUCGUUGUCCUGUGCGUCAACUCGCUAACAGGCUAUGGGAUCCACCACUGUUUUGCCAGGAGCAUGAUGGAAACCACCAUGCUCCAUAAUUUCUAUAUAAACUAUUACACCAUGGCGGGUAUAGCGGUGGCAUCUUGCAUUGCGCUGUGCCCGGCAGUGGACCUGAUGGGUCGGCGUGGUGGACUUCUGAUUUUCAUGAUCAUCACCGCACUGGCAUCCCUGCUGCAGCUGGGCUUGCUGAACUUGCUUUGGAAGUACAGCGAACACCUAAAUAUAGACAAUUCAGAUACGCUGAAUAGGAACUUCUCAUUCGCCUUCUCCAUCAUCGGUAUGUUCUCCUCCCACGCAGUCAGCAACUUGAGCAUCUUCUUCUGCGCCGAGAUCACUCCCACUGUGAUAAGGGGUGGUGGUGUGGGCCUUGUACUGGCCAGUGCUGGCUUUGGCAUGCUCACAGGACCAAUCAUGGACCUACACAAUCAAAAAGGCUACUUCCUUCACCACAUCAUUUUUGCCUGUUGUACUCUCAUUUGCAUUAUUUGCAUUCUUCUUUUGCCUGAGACCCGUUAUCAGCCGCUCCCUGAGACCAUCGCUGAUGGUGAGAACUACACUCGUCAGCGGCUGCUCCUCCCGAGGAAACCGGGAGAGCAGCUGCUCUUGCUUCGUCAACCAGAGAGCAACAGGGACUACUCAAAAGUGCAAGACACACCACUCCACGAGGCGGCCAACGCUGCAUUGUCAACCAUGGAUUCCACUGCCUCUUCAGCUAUUGAUUUGACUGCUCUUGCAGCUGGAGAUUCGUCCAUUCCCAUUAAUUUGAAGGAAAAACCCGACCAGCCUGAGCCACAAGACCCUAGUGGUCACUCCUCUCCAUUUGCACCGCCAGCCUCUGCAAUGGCCCAAGGUAAAGAUGGUAUCUUACAAGCUAACAAAGAGCGCCUGCUAUCUUCCAGUCCUUUACACAAGGCGCCAUGCAUCACGGAUCCACUUUUAGCUGAUGCAGAAGUUCUGGCAGUUCAGGAAUCUGUGAAUCUACAAACAGAUAGUAUCCAUCUUGAAAUAAAUGACACUGCUCCUUCUCCUAAAAAUGAGGAUGGCUCUGGCACUGCUGCUUCCCAUCAAUCUUCACCUCCCAUCCUCCCCCAAACAGUGCCCGCCUCCUCGUUGAUUUGCACAACUCCCGUCAUCGAGCCCCGUCCUAGCUCCACACUAGAGUCUCCAAACCCACUGGAUAAUGACUUCAAUGAGAUCAUCACGACCUCUGAACUACCGGUAUUUGAGGAUGCUCCUGGUAGUUUAAAAGACUUCCCUUCACCAUCUAUGUGUGACAGCCUCCCUCCACCCCCUGUUCCCUCACCUGUUCCAGACUUGGACCCUCCUGCCCAACCUCCACCCUCCACUAUCCCAGACUCUGAUAUUCCCCUUAAGUUAGAAACAGUAGAUGAAUCUGCAUGUACUCCUUGCAUUAGAAACUCACAGCUACCUAAUUUAGAUCUAGCCUCCUCCAGCAGUAAAGAUUUAUCUUCUCAUUCCUUUACACCUCCCAGUUCAGUUGCUGCGUCAUCAAGACACACAUAUUCACCUCCUACUGACUCAGAUCAAAUACCCUUAACAGACCUUUCCUCUGUAAACACCACGACAAGAAGUCCAGCUGUCCUCCCUGUCACAGACAUUGUGAAUACUUCAACUUCAGAAUCAACCACAAACAUUGUACAAGAUUCUGCCAGUUCUCUAGACUUAGAUUCUGUACAUUCAAGGUCCACCAUGGAUUUACACCCUGCUGAAGCAGCUCCCCUCUGUCUAAUGGACAGCACCGUGUCCUCCCCCAUAGACUCUGGUGUCCUACCUAUAAUGGACAUGGAGACUACCAAUAUAGAAAACAACACUGUUAGCAGCACAGCGUCGACAUGAUUCAGUGUCGCAGCCAAAAAAAGGGAAGCUUUAUGUCUUACACCAGGAGGCAACCACCUAAAUCCAUAAAACAGCAUGUAGCUGGGGGGUGGGGGAUAUGGGACACGAACCGCCAAGCUCAAACUACAGGUACUUCAUGAAGACUGUUCCAACGUGGAUUGGAGUGGGCUUAUCUUACGUGAGCUGCUUCAUGUCCCUCAGUGCUUCUCCAACCUUCCUGACGCCAUUGUGAGUUUCACCAAUAAAUGAGAGCACAAAAGUGAGAGUGCACCACUGGCUGGUUUGUAAUAAUAUAAUGGCAAUGUCAUGUGACAAUGCAAUGGCUCUUCAGGAACAUGACUGGAAAUCACCAGCAUAUAAAGUACUUGCUUUUUCAAAAAAAGGACAACUUGGGGUGAGAGAAAGGGGGGAAGCCACUGUCCUUUUGAAUGCCCAUAAUUACAGAGACAUCAUCAGCUCUGGUGAAGAAAAGAAAAACCAACAACAAAAACAGAUACCACUAGUACUUUUGCUUAAAUGAAAGGCUUUUAUCCAUAUAGACAAAAAAAUCGGCCUUACAUAUGGACAAUGAAAUUGGAAUGUUACAAAGUAUUUUUGUUGCUGUAAAUGUAAAUUAUUGAAAUUGGAACCUUUUUUUUUCUUUUUUUCACCAAAUACAUAUGCCAAAAGCUGCCCUAACCAAAAAUGACUAUAGAUGUAGUGCCAAAUCAUACAUAGCAGUCCAGUGUUUUUCUGUCUGGUGAAAUCUACAGCUUAGACCCUUUAGAUCUCCUCCAGACAGGAAAAACACUGGACUGCUAAAGAGAAUGUGAAGUUGAUACGACGCCAUGUUGAAUUUUGGGUGGCUGGGUUUAUUUAUGUGCUAAUUUCCUAAGAGUUCUCAACUCUAAGGCUGAUUUCUAAGCGGAAACCUGACAUGUCUCUAUUCAGCUUCAUAAUUUUAUGGCCUUAAUGAGGGUCUUUACCCUAAAAUUAUGUCUCAGCACUCUUCAUCUCAGCAUAGAAAGUGAUAAAUAUGCCUAUCCACUUUUCUACACCACAAAAUCAACAGACAACUAUACUUCAUUGAAACAGCUCCGGUGGAUGUACUUUGUUCACCGAAUCAAGCAAAGGGAUUGGAUUUUGAAGAGGCUCGGGUUUCAGAACAACACUGGGCUCUUUGUUGCUGCAUCUCUUCUGAGAUUUCCAGAAUGCAGAUUCAUUGGGUUUCAUUGUAUUGCUGUUGCUGAUGCUUGAUCUUGAUUUUUAUUUGGCAGUGCAAUUAAAUACAUUUUUCUGUAAGAAAGAAAUCUCUCUCCCCCUUCUCCAACAUUUAAUAGGUUUUACCAACCUCUUAGCUAAAGCAAUCAGAGAAAGACACGCUUAACAAAAGAUGCCGCUCCCAUCCCAACAUGCAAAUUCAAUUGUGGCGUAACUUCACAAUCUUUGUUUCCAAAUUUUUCUCAGUUUCUGUAAUGAGUACAGAGGAAAACUUCAAUAUGUGUUGCAAUUUGAUUUCCUAGAAGUGAGAGAAAAAUAAGCUAAACUGUUUUUUUAGCACGUGGUUUAGAAAUUUAGUGGAUAAGGAGCAGCUAUUGUUUUAGAGUUGUUUCAGCCAGUGAAAAUAUUAUGCAACUGCUCUUUUUUUCUAGAUAUGAUCAUGUAGGUGAAUUAGUUCUUGAGAUUGACUCCUCUUUGUUUUUAAACUCUAAAGUAUUCGUUUCAAAACUCCCUGGUGUACAGAACUUGACAUCCUUAUUACAGUAUUCGUGGCACCUUUAUGUGGUGGCACUUUAUUCUUGUGCAGUGGGGACAAAGCAUGACAUUUCUUGUGAAUGUGUCAACAAAACUGUUAAAUCUUAAAAAAAAAGAAUAAAAAAAGAUGAGUUGUCCAAAAUGUUUGAUGCGAUUGCCAAUCGUUGCUGCAAUGUUAACCUAUAGUGUGUGUGUGUUUUCCAAAUCAUGUUCUGGCAUUAACAUAGUAUGUUAUUGUUUUCUUAUAUACAUAGUUGCACAUACACAUGCACAACCUACUCCUAAAUAAAUGCAAUACACUACAGAAAAUAAUACUUUUCAAAUUAACCUAUUGAUUUUGACAAAAUGAAAGGCUUUUUCUCAUGGAAAAAGUUUUCCUUCCAAAGCCCAUGUCCACCUUCAGGACCGCAGCCUACUUGACUUAAAUAUAUGUGAAACUUGACAGUUGUAGUUCUUCUUGCAUAUGAGGUUGUAAUACUUGUGUACAGGAGGAUGUGUGACUGUGGAUGUACUACUGUUUACAAUAAGCCUCACAAUAAUGAUUAGUAAUAAUAACAAUAACUGUGCCGUACUGUAUAACUUUAAAGACAGACGAUGUCUUGUGAUCCGAAAUGUGAUAAAUCUCAGUAGAUUAUGCAUCCAUGGAUGUGUAAAGGUGAUCUGUUAAGGUGUUAUUUAGGAUUCAAAUCCUUUAUCAGACCUAUAAAAUUCUGUUAUCAUAUGAGAGACCUGUGAAGAACCUUACAGACACUUUGCUCACUGUUGAAAAUGCUACAUAUCUUUGGGUGUUUGAGUGAUUGAGCAAACCUCAAAUGUUUCUGAAAUGUACGUUUGAUAUGAGAAAAAAAAAAAAGCUCACUUGUUGAUUGACUAGUGGUGGUCUUUUAUCAGAUUGUUUCAUUAUUGAGAUGUUCAAGUGGUUGUUUCAUGUCUGAUACAAAUUGUGUACGCCAUGUUCAAUGCUGCUACACGUCAAAGCACAAGGAAUCGUUUGAGAAUUAGAUUGGCAUAUUUACACUUAAAGUAAAAGGGAAUAUAGAUUUGGAAGUCAAUGUAGGAGAUACUAGUCAGACAUUAACCUUUACAGUAGAUUUCUGUUUGUGAGUGGGUUGACGCCUCAGUUGCCUCUGAGUCUUCAGUGUAUCUGUUAGUAUGUAUCUUGGUGUGCAUCCAAAUUAAACGUCAUAUACUUGAAACCCAAAUGCAAAUCCAGAGUAAAGAAAAUAAAAUCAGCAACACAGCACAACACUGGUACUGUCUCCACUGACAUGUGUUACUUAAUAUUCUACCAUGCAGCUAUUUCAGUGCUGGGAAAAUCAUCUCUUUUUUUCGUUUAUGCACUUAAUCCGACCUUUUUAGUUUUAUUUUAUUUUUUUUGGUUUACGUGUAACUUCAAGUUAAAUGAAAGCAAUGCAGAGCAACGACAGCACCAGCGAUUAUAGUAUAGGGCUGACAUUUAUUGUUGGAAAGAUAAGAUGAAGAAUCAUAAAUCAAAGGAGUGGUGAAGUAGUUUUGAAUCCAGAGACAUGAAGUACCCGGUGCACACAUUUCAGGUUCUGCUUCUCUCAGUUGACCAACUCAAAAUCUCUUUGUUGGGAGAUUUGAAUGAAUGUAAAAAAAAUAACAAAACAAAAAAACAAAAAAAAAAAAAAAACAACCUUGGAUUGUAAAUUUAUAAGUAUCACUUGUCUGAUUUAAUUUUGUUGUUCUUUUAACAAACAUAAUGCACUUGUACAUAAGCCAUACAUGUUGUUGAAAUAAAUCACUAUUUAUUGAUGAAA